UAUUUCGUCUCACUCUGUGCUCGCAUCUACCAUGGACACUAGGGUCUAGAGUUUAGUAGCGCCGCCGCCAACAUUCUCGCCGUUGUGACAAGCACCGACCGGUCCCUUCCCCCUCCCUCCUCUCGUCGGCGCCAGCGAGCCGCACGCCGUGUGUCGUGUGGGUCGGCUACCCGGGUAUUGGCCACCAAGAGGAAGCAGCGCAUCAUCUACCUAGGCGACGGUCGCGGCUCUCUCGUGCCCCUGCUGAAGAGCUCUCUCGUGCCCCUACUAUAGCUCCUUCUUUCUAAACACCACGGGCAAGGGCGCAAAGCAUCGCGUGUUGUUGUUUCGAGAUGCGUGGGCAUGGCCGUGCUUUCCCUUCCGUUGGGGUCAAGCUGACCGGCCUCGUGUGCCCCGUACUCCCACCGCCAUCCUGCACGCAAAUCGCAAAAAUCAGAUAAAAAAGAUUGGUUUUUCUCCCCGUUAUCCUUUUCCCCCCACUAAUCGCUUUAGGUUCUUGGUCAGGCGUUCCUACCGCUCUUCUUCCUCCCGUGUCGUCAGAGGAAGCCGCGAACAGCACGCAGGAAUCAGGCGGUCUUGAGGACGAGGAGCUAUAGGUGCAGGAUGCAGUUGCCAGUGGUUCCAAGAGGAGCAAAGACUCCGCCGCCGCCGCCACACGCAGAGCCAAUGUUAGCUCACCCUCUGUGGUUCACUCACACCCUGCCAUCCUCCUUGCUCCCGCGCAGCAGAUUCUAGAGGUUAAGCAAGCAGGAUGGGCCCGCGACCCCUGUGUGGCCUUCUCUACUCCAAGUGUCUCGACGUCGAGCGACUCUGGAUCUAUCGUCAACGACCUUGAGAGCAUCGGGGUGAGCCUUGAUUUCCUCCUUGGAAUGUGAUUGCAAUUUCUUGUGCUUCCAAACCGUGCUUUAACAAUUCCUGGGGGUUGGGGGAAAUCACAUUUUUUGUUAUUGUGGCCGUGACUCCUAUAAUGCAUUCAUUUUAUUAAACAAAAUGAAAUUAGAUAAUGGCCAUCUUAUUCUAAUGUCUCGCGCUGAUGGCAAAAACCAUAAUGUUUUUUCUUGCUUCUAAGUUUAGACGUGCUGCAUUUUUCCAUGUCUUUUAGUUGAAGUCUAUGAGAGAUGGUGACUGUCUUGUGGUGCUAAGCUUUAUCAUCUGUAAAAAACUUGUGGAUACUCGAUACUGCAAAGCGCAAUCAAAUCAGACUGGGCCUCCAAUUGGAGUAUGCACCAAAGCUGGUCAAUGAUUGGUUGUUGCACCGAAGCUGUAGAUGCCCAUAAUAAGCUGAAGGUUUAGCCUAGUGAUCUGAUCCCUAUGUCAUCUCAUGAUGAAACAAAAAUAAUGUUAGCCUAAUUCCCAUCAAUUGAUGUAUCUAAGAUACCUAUAGAUGUUUUUGUGGCUUAGUAGCUUGGCAUUGCUUUGGUUUAAUUUGCGAUUGUGUAUUAAUGCUUUUGUACCUACUCUGAGCUUGUGGGACCAUAAAAACAAAAUCUUCAUAGAAUAUUUUCCCUUUAAUUGCAAAGUUUUGCAGUGCGAGGAUUGCAUAGUAACCACAAACUAGGAAGUGGUUAUACCCAGUAUUCUUUGCUAAAUUCUUCUAUUUUUUAUGCACUACUAAUUAUCAAAUUGUAAUAGUUGCAGCACCAACCAAUGUGGGAAGCAAUACCCACAUAUAAAAAAUGUCUAAAGAUCCCAUGUUGUGGCCAAAUAUAUUUUUGUGUCCAAUACCCGCGUAUAUAAAAAAUGUUAGUGAGUCCAUGUUAUGGCUGAGUAUAUUUAUGUGGUUUACCAUUUCUCUACUGAUUCUAUCAUGUUUUAAGUUCUUUAUGCCCCCAUAGUGUCUUCUGUGUUUAAUAGAUAAAUUAUGAAAUGUUCUUCAUGGAACAUUAAUGAUGACCAAUUGAAGCUGGAGGAAACAGCUCUUACAAAAUCCAUGUUUGAAAGUACCAAAUGUUUCUUACUUGACUGUGGGGCUAAAAUAUAUGUAUGGGUUGGCCAGGUAACACAAAUGGAGGAUAGAAUGUGAUUGAUCAUUAUUCUGUAAGUAAUGUUAUUGUCAAACUGUUUCUGUCAUCAUGUUCAUUAUACUGGAUAUUAUUGUUUAGCAACAAAGUUCUCAAUUGAGGAACUGACUACUUUAUGGUUGUGAAUUGAUUUUUUUAGUUCUGGAAUGACUUACCUCAUCAAGCACGGUAGCAAGUCUUCCACCCGCAAACCCUCACGCCAUCGACGCAGCUGUCUUUGGUCUCUCGUGCUUCCCUUUGAGAGAUCGGUGUGUGUCCUCUCCUCCAAGCAGUCUCCAUCCCUAGGCAGUCAUUGACCUGUUGCUUAUGCAUCCUCGCGCAUGUGCCUGUUUAUUCGGCUAGGGCUCUCAUCAUUUUGUUUGUUGCUACCUGAGGACACAUCGUUUUGUUUGUUGCUACCUGCUAACAUAUCAACUAGCACGAUUUUGAGCCUAUCUAAAUGCCCUUCUGUUUAUGGCUGUCAAGGUUUAUGGCUGUUCAGGUUCUUAUUGAUUUUGGUCUGAGUUUCACAUUGACAAUUCCUGAGGACAAAGCAGUGGACCUAUAUGUUCUAGAGAGAGCUUUGAUUUCCAUGCAUUCGUCCUGUGGGGAAGUGGCUCGACUGAUCUGUGCAAACAUUUACGACUCCGCAUCACAGAUUAGUCCAGUUGCAAUUGGAUUUAUGCCUUUUCCUUUUGUUCGUGGCAUCUUGUUUCCUAUGGUUUUUAUGCAGAUGGAGAAAAUCCUUGCGGUGUAUAGAAAGGCUUCAAAGCAAUGGUGUUCCACCCAGAACAAGCUGGCUCAAGUGAGGCAACGGGUCAGGAAGCGCACCAUGGUCGGAUGAACGAAGAA